GGAACUUGAUAAGUGUCGCCAGAAGAGGUUGCUACAAAACAAGACCAGGAACAAAGUUGUGAGACGCGACUCUCUCUCUCCACAUUUUCCCCGUUUUUAACGCAUUUCAAAAAUAUUUCACAUUUCCACACAGGGCAAAUCGUCGCCAACGUUCAAGACGACGACGGCUAGAUAUUACCGCGGGAAAAAAGCCGUCCAACUUUGGCUUUUCCUCGAGUUUUGUGGAUACUCGCCGUGGAUGUACUUUGGGAGUUUUUGGAUGAAUUUGUUUUCACUAGAGAGUUUCUUUUACGUCGAAAAUGUCUUAAUUCCCUCUCAAGUGUAAUCUACUUUUAAGAUUUCCAUGACUGGGCUUGUCACUUCGUGGCCCUAUUUUGACGGUUUGGACUUGUUUUGAGGCGGUAAUCCCUCCCGGUGACAGCAGAGGUGCAGCGUCGCCUUGGAUGAUCAAAAUCACGCUCGCUGGGGUUUAUCUGCAGCCAUGGCGUCGCCCGGUGACUUUGCGGAGAGCGGAGCCAAUGAGGAGUUCAGUGACAUCAUCAAGUCACGAUCAGACGAACACGACUUGGUGCAGAAGAAAACAUUCACCAAGUGGAUAAAUGCACAGUUCUCAAAGGAGGGUAAAAUGACCAUCAAGGACAUGUUCUCUGAUCUGAGGGAUGGGGGGAAGCUGCUAGACCUGCUGGAGGGCCUCACUGGCCACGUCCUGACCAAAGAGCGAGGUUCCACCAGAGUGCACGCGCUCAACAACGUUAACAAAGUGCUUCAAGUUCUGCAUCAGAAUAACGUGGAUCUGGUAAACAUUGGUGGGACUGACAUUGUCGACGGCAACCACAAGCUAACUUUGGGACUCAUCUGGAGCAUUAUUCUUCACUGGCAGGUGAAAGACAUUAUGAAGGACGUCAUGUCCAACCUGCAACAGAACAACAGCGAGAAGAUCCUGCUCAGCUGGGUGCGCCAGUCCACGCGCGCUUACCCGGAGGUCAACGUCCUGAACUUCACCACCAGCUGGGCUGACGGGUUGGCUCUCAACGGCAUCCUGCACCACUUCAGGCCAAAUGCAUUCAGUUGGGAGGGUGUGGUCCGAAUGAGGCCCGUUGAGCGUCUGGAGCACGCCUUCACUGUAGCCAAAGACCAGCUGGCUAUCGAGAGGCUACUGGAUCCCGAAGAUGUGGCGGUUCAGCUGCCAGAUAAGAAGUCCAUUCUCCUGUAUGUGACGUCGCUGUUUGCCGCGCUGCCCAAAGACAUCAGCAUGGAGGCCGUCCGAGAAGUGGAGACGCUGCCGCGCAGAUUCAAAGCGGAGGCCGAGGAUUCGGGGGCGGGCCUCGGCGCGCAGCUAAGGGACACUGGCAGAAGCUCCCAGCCAGAGACCCCCAACCCCCUGACGCAGCUCGAAGGGAAGAUGGAGGGCAGUGUGCUGGAAGCCGACUUGGAUACCUACCAGACCACCCUGGAGGAGGUCCUGACUUGGCUCCUGUCAGCCGAGGACGCCCUGCAGAUCCAGGACGAGGUGAUGGACGACGUGGAGGGCGUCAAAGAGCAGUUUCAUACGCACGAGGCCUUCAUGAUGGAGCUGACGGCUCACCAGAGCAGCGUGGGCAAUGUGCUACAAGCCGGCAAUCAACUGAUCGCCCAGGGCAGCCUGUCAGAAGAGGUGGAGAAUGAAAUACGGGAGCAGAUGAGCCUGCUGAAUUCCCGCUGGGAGAGCCUACGCGUGGCCAGCAUGGACCGCCAAGCCAGGCUCCACGAAGUCCUAAUGGAACUCCAGCAGCAGCAGCUCCAGCAGCUUUCCGAUUGGCUGAGUCGGACAGAAGACCGCAUCAGAAAGAUCGAGACGGAGUCACCGGCAAAAGACAUGAAGGAGUAUAAAGAACGAAUCGGACAACAUAAAGAGCUUCAGAAUGACCUGGAGGCAGAGCAGGUGAAGGUCAACUCCCUCACGCACAUGGUGGUUGUGGUGGACGAGAACAGCGGCGAGAGCGCCACCGCUGCCCUGGAGGAGCAGCUUCAAUCUUUGGGUGAACGCUGGGCAGCCGUUUGUCGCUGGACAGAGGAGAGGUGGCACAAGCUGCAGGAAGUCUUUGUCGUGUGGCAGCAACUCGUGUCAGAUCAGAAUUUAUUCCGAGCAUGGUUGGAAGAAAGGGAAGAGGUCUUGUGUGAAGUGCAGCGGAGCACUUUUAAGGACGCAAGUGAAAUUAAUGCAAAAGUGCGCCAAUUAGCUAUUCUUAAGGGGGACAUGGAAAAGAAGAGGAGGACCCUCGACCAACUUUCUGACGCUGGCCGGGAUGUGAUGUCGUUAAUACGGAACGGCGAGGCCGUAUCUGCUAUCGAGGCGGACACUGAAGAUUUGGCCCAUCGAUGGGACAACCUGGUGCAGAGGCUGGAGGACUGCUCCUUCCAGGUAAUGGAAGCCAUGACUGACGCUGAGAUGACUCCGGUGGAUGAGCGUGUCGUCAUGACGACAGUCGCCAUGGCUGCCGGCGAUUCAACCACCGACCAGGAGCUGGCCCCUCCCGCCCCUCCCAAGAAACGAUUGGUGGACAUGGAAGUCAGGAGGGGAUUUGAAAUAAAACUGUCCGACCAUCUGGGCUGGAUCAAAAAGUGGAAGGCGUCCGCUCAAGCGAUAGCCGCCACUCAACCAACAAGCGAUCCCCAGGAGCUACGGAAAAAGCUCAAGGCCCACAAGAUGGAAUUCAAAGCGAAGGAGCCUGCCGUCGCUGGAGUCAUCCAGGAAGGUCGAGGCUUGAUGGAGCAAUUGGGGAGAGAGGGCCUGCAUAUGGACUCCGUGCGGGCCGACAUCGAUCUGAUCCAGACCGAAUUGGACGCCUGCGCGGGGGAGCUGCAGGCGGCUCGCGACAGAGUUGAUGGCCAGACUCGGUUGACGGCGCUGUCGGCCGAGCUCGGCAAACUGGAUCGAGUCUUGGAUGAACUUGAUGGAUGGCUGGACACCACUUGUGCAGUAGAAAAGUGUGACAGUGACCAACUCCGGAACCUGAGUGAAGAAUGUCAGUCUCGACUGGUCCCCCUCAGUGCAUUGAGUACACAGUUGGACCAGAUUUGUGCAGAUGUGGAGUCGCUGCCUCCUUUAAAAGACAACACUGCGGUGGUGUCAGCCCAUCACGCCUCCACCUUAGAGCGACUAAAAACCAAACAGCAGGAGGCCAGCCAAGUUCUGGAGGCCAUCCAGGCUCGAUCUCUUCUGGUGAAGGGGCUGGAGGCCAGGCUGACCGCACUCAGACGAGGAGUCAGCGACGUUGCCACCACCGAGGCGGCGGUGCAGCGAGCGCAGGGUUUGUGUCUGGAUAUUGAACAAAUGCAGCAAGCCUCCCAUCCUGCAGAACAGCAACGAUGGGCUCAGCUGUCCACCAAGGCCCGUGAGGAGUUGGCAACACUCAAGUGCAUUCUGGGAAGCAUGAAGGACAAUCAGGUGAGGAUAACGGAGGUGGAAAGUUGGUUGGAGGCGGUUCAGGAGCUUUUGUCCCGAGAUGCGACGAGCUCGAGUGCCGCACGCAGUUUACAAGAAGAAUUGAGUCACUGCAAGGAGUAUGUGAGCGAGAUGGAGUCGGUGCAAGGUGCAUUGAAGCUGAUGGACGAGAAUGUGAGCGCCGUGCAUGCGGCCGCGAUACCGGGGCUGGCCAAGUGGGAGCAGCAAACGCCGGCAGAGUACCGAGGUCGAUUUGAAUUGCUUUCGAAACAGUUGCUGAGCCAGCAGGAUCGUUUGUUAGAGAGUAAGGAGAAACAGGUGAACCUGAAGAAAGACUUGGCGGAGAUGCAGGAGUGGAUGACUCAAGUGGACGAGGAGUUCCUAAUGAGGGACUUUGAGUAUAAGAGUCCGGAGGAGCUCGAGACGGCGCUGGAUGAGAUGAAGAGGGCUAAAGAGGAUGUGCUACAGAAGGAGGUGAAAGUAAAGAUUCUGAAGGACAGCAUCAACAUGUUGGUGUCCAGGACGGCACCCCCGGGUGGUGGCGGAGAAAGCGGCAGGCAAGGGCUGACAACACAACUGGAGGGCGUUCUGGCGAACUACCAGAAGCUCUGCGACCGCCUCAAGAGCAAGUGCCACACCCUGGAGGAGGUGUGGUCAUGUUGGAUAGAGCUGCUCCACUUCUUGGACAUUGAGCAAGGCUGGCUCGACACCGUGGAGGAGAAACUCCAAGCCACGGAGAGUCUACCAGACAGCACCGAGGUGGUCCACGAAGCACUCGAGGGCUUGGAGACUGUCCUCCGUCAUCCGGCGGACAACCGCACACAGAUCCGAGAGCUUGGUCAGACGCUGAUUGAUGGCGGCAUCCUGGAUGAGCUCAUCGGGGAGAAACUCGAGGCGUUUAAUUCACGCUAUGAGCAACUCAACCAUCAGGCUGUCAAAAGGCAGACGGGCCUGGAGCAGCAACUCGCGACGCUGAAGGAGAACGAAGAGGCUCUCCAAGCCCUCCAGGAGUCACUUUUUCAACUGGACCACACGCUCACGUCCUACCUGACCGACCGCAUUGACGCCUUCCAGCUUCCGCAGGAGGCGCAGAAUAUCGGUGCCGAGAUUGCAACUCACGAAGUGACAGUGCAGGAGAUGCGGAAGAGCAACGUGGCCAACUUGCCACCACCGGUCGUCGAUGGCAAAUCGGCCAAAGGUGGCACCAUGGUGGAUCAGCUUCAGAGGAAACUACGUGAGAUUUCCACAAAGUACCAGCUGUUCCAGAAGCCUGCUAACUUUGAGCAGCGCAUGUUAGACUGCAAGAGGGUUCUGGAUGGCGCCAAAGCUGAGCUCCACGUUCUAGAUGUCCGGAAUUUGGAUCCGGAGAAGAUCCAGCCCCACCUCAAUGCCUGCAUGACACUGUACAAGCUGCUGAGUGAGGUGAAACUUGAGGUGGAGACAGUGAUAAAAACAGGUCGGCAGAUUGUGCAGAAACAGCAGACGGAGAACCCCAAAGCCAUGGACGAGCAGCUGACUGCCCUCAAGCUGCUUUACAACAACCUGGGGGCGCAGGUAACAGAGGGCAAGCAGGACUUAGAAAAAGCCUUGUCCCUGUCGCAGAAGUUCCACAAGGAGAGCGCCGCCCUGCAGGAGUGGCUGACCACCAGCGAGGCUGCGCUCCAGCAGAAGAACAGCAGCGGAGACAUGCCGGCAGACAUCGAUGCAGAGAUUGGCUGGGCCAACGGCCUUUUGAAGGAGUCUGAGCACCGCCAGCUGGAGCUGUCCGGUCUGAUGGAGACCAGCGGCGCGCUGCAAGCACUGGUGGAGGGCAGCGAGACGCAGCUGGAGGACAAACUCUGCGGCCUCAACGAGUCCUGGGGCCAAGUGCGCACAUUGAUCGAGGACUGGCUCAGUGCCGUGCUGAGCCACCAGAAUGAGGUGGAAAUCUUCGACGAAAACCUGGCCCACAUCAGCACGUGGCUCUACCAGACGCAGAUCCACUUGGAUGAGACAGAGCGGCUGGAGCCGGCCGAGCGGGAGAAGGUGGUCAAGAACAUGCUGGAGGAAUUGGAGGACGUGGGAAUGCGCGUGGACAACGUCAGGGACCAGGCCGUCAUCCUGAUGACCAGCCGCGGGACCGCCUGCCGAGAUGUCGUGGAGCCCAAACUGGCCGAGCUCAACUGCAACUUCGACAAAGUCUCACAGCACAUCAAAACCGCUCAGAUGAUUACCUGUUUGGAGUCAGGAGGUUUGGACGUGAGCCAGCAAGUACAUCAGCAGCAUGCUCUUCAUGACCUGGAAACCUCUGUGGAGACUCAGACUGAAGCCCCGCCCCCUAGCGGGAUGCAGGAAUUCCUGGUCGAGCUCCAGGACAUGCUUAGGACUCUGCAGCAGGACCCUGCAAAUAUCUCCGAUGACGACAAGCUGGACGAGGAGAAAGCCAGCGUAGAAAACCUGCUGAAACGAGGAGAGGAUCUGCUUCAGCAAACGUCUGACGAGGCCCAGAAGGAGGAACUGAGGAUCCUGCUGGUCCGGCUCCAGAACCAGUACUCCUCGCAUAGGGAGUUGAGGGUGUUGAGAAGCAGCCGGCACGAUUUAGAUUCGUCUUCCCACAUGAUCACGCAGCAGGAGGUGCAGUCAGUGGUGGACAGAGGCCGCCUUUCUUCGCGGAGCCCAGCAAGCUACCUGCUGGACGUCAACAAAACGCUGCUGGCCAUGGCCGACAACGAGCUACUGCUCAACUCCUCCGAACUGAAUGGGGGGCUCUACGAAGACUUCUCCAGCCAGGAGGACACGCUCAGGACCAUCAGCGACAACCUGGAACGGCUGGGUGAGCAGGUGGCCGAAAUCCGCGAGCGCCAAGCGGACAUGAUCCGGCACGCAUCGUCCGCUGAAGUCUCCCAGACGGAGGACACACUCACGCAACUCAACGCCGAUUGGGACCGCCUCAACCGCAUGUACAACCAGCAGAAAGGGAGCUUUGACCGCGCCGUCGAGGAGUGGAGGCAAUUCCACUGCGACAUGAAUGACAUGAGCCAGUGGCUGACCGACACCGAGAGGCUGCUGUCAGCUAGCAUCGGUCCCGAGGGACACUUGGACCUAGACUCGGCAUGGUGCCACCAAGAGGAGCUCGAGGAAGGCCUCAUCAGUCACCAGGCCGUGCUGACCAACCUCACCCGAACAGGAGAGCGCAUCACCGGCCAGCUGUCCUCCCCGGAUGGCCCUCUGCUGGAAGAAAAACUCCACGCCUUGAGUCAGCGCUGGAGGGCCGUGAAGCGCCAGGUGGCGGACCGGCAGCGAAGGCUGACGGCAGGCGAUCCAACCCUGACCGACCUGGUAAGGCGAAGCGAGGAUUUGGCUUCGUGGCUGCAGCAGGCGGAAAACGCUUUGGUCACGUUUCCCGUCUCCUCCACUGACCAGAACCUCAAAGAGCUCAAGGCCUUGGCCGUGGAGAUGGACGCGCAAAACGAACAUCUGGGCUGGCUCAACAAACACGCCCCGCAGAUCUUGGCCAGUCCCACCGUGAGCCCGCAGGGCCGAGACCACCACGUGGGCAAACUUAGAGCCAUCAACCUCAACUGGAGCAAGAUAACCCACGAGUUGUUGGACAAAGUGGGUCAGGUGGAGGGCGACCUGCAGAGUCACGCCCACUUCCGCGACAAAAUGAACCGACUCACCGACUGGGUAGUCAUCACGCAUCAGACCAUCACAAAUCGAGGCCUCAGUCCGGGCCAAGCGCAGGGUUUGGAGGUGUCCAUGAAAGACAGAAAGAAGGACUUAGAGGACCUUUUGGCCCACUCCAUUGAGCUGCAGAGACGCCAGCAGCUGUCUCCUCAUGAAAAGAGCAAGGUGGAACAGCUGGCGGCUGAUUGGAAAGUUCUAGAUGGGCGGCUGAGGGAGUCUCUGCAGGCGCACGUCUCCCCGUGGACGCUGCACCACGGUCGGGUGGUUGAACACCAGCAACUUGUGAGUGUGUCUUCAGUGCCCUCAGCCGUGCAGAUGGCCAGCCUGGCGAGUGAGGACCCCCACCACCAGACCCCGCACACGCCCGACUCGGUGGCGCCCACCGACCUCAAUGAGACGGCCACCGAGCUAGCCGACUGGCUGGUCCUCAUCACUCAGAUGCUCAAGUCCAACAUCGUCACAGUGGGCGACGUAGAGGAGAUCAGGACCACCAUGGCGCGCCUUCAGGUGACAAAAAGCGACCUCGAGCACCGUCAUCCUCAGCUGGAGGACAUUUUCACUCUUGCACAAAACAUAAAAAACAAGACGUCCAACCUGGAUGUGCGCACGUCCAUCACGGAGAAAUUGGAGAGAGUACGCAACCAGUGGGACAACACUCAGCACGGCGUGGUGGCACGACUCCAGCAGCUGGACAACAUGAUCGGUCACAGCGAUCAUUGGGAGGGUCAGUGGCAGGAAGUGCAGGCUCUGAUUGGCCACAAGGAAGGAUGGUUCCACAACAUGCUGCAGCAGUCAAGAGAGUCUAGAGACCCUCUGACCAUUCAGCUGGCUGACAGCAAGGCGUUUUUGCAAGAGCUGAGUCGAGGCCAAGCUGCGGUGGCGGCCUUCAACGAGCUGUCCGCUCAUCUUUUGCGCGAGUACUCCACCGAUGACACCCGGCGAGUCAAAGAAGUCACCGAUGCGCAUAACGCCGCCUGGAACAACCUCAACAACAGGGCCAACGACCGCCACGGGCAUCUGGACGGCGAGCUGAAAGGCCUCCAGGCGUCCCUCAGGGAGCUGGAAGCCUUCCUCAAGUGGCUCCAGGAGGCUGAGGCCACAGUCAACAUGCUUGCUGACGCUUCCCAGAGGGAGGACUUGUCACAAGACACGGUCCGCGUCAAAGAGCUCAGACGACAGCUGGAGGACAUCCAGGCGGAAAUCGACGCCCACAAUGACAUCUACAAGAGUGUGGACGGCAACAAGUCUAAAAUGGUCAAAGCUCUGGGAAGCUCCGAGGAGGCCGUGUUCCUUCAACACAGGCUGGAUGACAUGAACCAACGCUGGAGCGACCUCAAGGCCAAAUCGGCCAACAUUCGUGCCCACCUGGAAGCCAGUGCCGAGCGCUGGUCCCGUCUGUUGGGCCUCCUGGAGGAGCUGUGGAGGUGGAUCUGCACGCAAGACGAGGAGCUGGCCAAGCAGAUGCCUGUCGGUGGAGACGUGCCCACCCUGCUGCAGCAGCACAACCACUGCACGAUGCUGCAGUCAGAUCUGAAAGAACGCGAGCAGCUGGUGAUCAGCACUUUGGAGCAAGCUCGCAUGUUUUUGGCUGAGCAGCCCAUCGAAGGUCCGGGAGAACCGCGCACGAACCUGCAGCCUAAGACAGAGCUCAGCCCGGAACAGAAGGCCCGCGGCCUGGCCCGGGCUAUCCGUAAGCAGACGGGCGAGGUGAGGGAGCGCUGGGAACGUCUGAGGGGCCACGCGGGAGGCUGGCAAACUCAAGUGGAGCGAGCCCUUGAGCGCAUGCAAGAACUCCAGAGCUCCAUGGACCAGCUGGAUCUGCGACUAACCCGGCCCGAGGACGCCAAGUCCAACUGGCAGCCCGUGGGCGACCUGCUCAUCGACUCUCUGCAGGACCACAUCGACAAGACCACGGUGUUCCGAGAGGAGAUCGGCCCGCUGCGUCAGGACGUUCAGAUGGUAAACGAGCUUUCGGCAGAACUGGCUCCGCUGGACAUCCAGCUUUCUUCCACCGCCUCCAGACAGCUGGACCAGCUCAAUGUGAGGUGGAAGCUACUCCAGGUGGCAGUGGAAGACAGACUUAAGCUCCUCCGAGAAGCCCACCGAGACUUCGGCCCAUCCUCGCAACAUUUCUUAUCCACGUCUGUGCAGCUCCCCUGGCAACGGGCGGUUUCUCAAAAUAAAGUUCCUUAUUACAUCAACCAUCAGACGCAAACGACCUGCUGGGACCAUCCAAAGAUGACGGAGCUCUACCAGUCGCUAGCGGACUUGAACAACGUGAGAUUCUCUGCCUACCGCACCGCCAUGAAGAUCCGCCGACUGCAGAAAGCGCUGUGCUUGGAUCUUUUGGAUCUGAGCGUGGCCCAGAACACGUUUUCUCAGCACAAGCUGACCAACAACAAUCAACUGAUGUCGGUCCCGGACGUCAUCAACUGCCUGACGUCCAUCUACGACGGGCUAGAGCAGGAGCACAAAGACCUGGUCAACGUGCCGCUCUGCAUCGACAUGUGUCUCAACUGGCUGCUCAAUGUCUACGACACCGGUCGCAGUGGGAAAAUCCGUGUCAUGUCGAUGAAGAUCGGCUUGCUGUCUCUCUGCAAGGGUCACCUGGAGGAGAAAUACAAAUACCUUUUCAGUCAAGCGGAUCCAGCGGGGGACACGUGCGACCAGCGGCAGCUCGGCCUCCUGCUCCACGAGGCCAUCCAGAUCCCCAAGCAGCUCGGAGAGGUGGCCGCCUUCGGGGGGUCCAACAUCGAGCCCAGCGUGCGAAGUUGCUUCCAGCACGCGACCAGUAAGGUGGAGCUAGAACCCAGGCAGUUUGUGGACUGGAUGCGUCUGGAGCCUCAGUCCAUGGUGUGGCUCCCCGUCCUGCACCGAGUGGCCGCCGCCGAGACGGCCAAGCAUCAAGCCAAGUGCAACAUCUGCAAAGAGUGUCCCAUUGUGGGAUUUAGGUAUCGCAGUCUGAAGCAUUUCAAUUACGACGUGUGUCAGAGCUGCUUCUUCUCCGGACGCACCGCCAAAGGUCACAAGCUCAACUAUCCCAUGGUGGAGUAUUGCACGCCGACGACGUCGGGCGAGGACAUGCGAGAUUUUACCAAAGUGCUGAAGAACAAAUUCCGCUCCAAGAAGUAUUUUGCCAAGCACCCACGACUGGGCUACUUGCCGGUGCAGACUGUACUCGAGGGCGACAAUAUGGAAACUCCCGUCACCCUCAUCAGCAUGUGUCCGGAGCAGUACGAGCUGUCCCAGUCACCUCACUUGUCCUAUGAUGACACCCAUUCCAGGAUAGAGCAGUACGCCAGCAGGUUGGCGCAGAUGGAGAGGUCCAACGGAUCGCUGCCCACAGACAGCAGCUCAGCCACGGGAAGCAUGGACGAUGAGCACACGCUGAUCCUUCAGUACUGCCAGACGCUGGGAGGCGAGGGCUCGCCCCGCAGUCAGCCUCAGAGUCCCGCUCAGAUCCUGCAGGCUGUGGAGAGGGAGGAGCGUGGAGAGCUGGAGCGGGUCAUCGCUCGCCUGGAGGAUGAGCAGAGGAGCCUCCAGAGGGAGUACGAGCAGCUGAAGGAGCAGCAGCGGCGAGGGACCCCCGCCGCGUCCCCCUGGCAGUCGGAGGGUACGCCGUCGGCCGCUCAGCCCGACGAGGCUGACCUCCUGGCCGAGGCGAAGCUGCUGCGGCAGCACAAGGGCCGCCUGGAGGCCCGCAUGCACAUCCUGGAGGACCACAACAAGCAGCUGGAGUCGCAGCUCCAUCGCCUCAGGCAGCUCCUGCAUCAGCCAGCGGUGGACUUGAGGCUAAAUGGACUUUUGUCUUUUCCCACCGCACAAGAUGGAGAACCACUUAGAGAGAACUCAGAUGAGCUGCUGGACCCGCACAACAGCAGCUCUGAUCUGGUUGAUGUCAUGGAGCAGAUUAACAACUCUUUCCCUGCAUGCAGUCCAGCCUCGGGCCACUCGUCCAGACCGCAGGUGAUGUGACCACAUGACAUGACCAACGGAUGCCCAGGACAUAACUUAACCACUUCAUCCAACCUCGUCAUCGUCUACUAUGCAAAAAGUGUCACCAAUUCGACAUGGUAUCCGCUUUUAACCCUCAAGCUUUGUAUUAUAUAUUCUGUCCACACCCCAAUUUUUUUUUUUUUUUUUAAAUGAUGUUUUUGUUCUCCAGAGGUGCUUUUGGAAUUGCUUCGGUGCACUGUCAAUCUGUUACUUUUCCUUUGUCAUUCCACUGCUUUUAUCUUCUCCAGCCAACUUACAGGACCUUCAGAAUUAAUUUGUUUUAAGUACAAUGGAGUAUUAGGGCCUUACUGAAACGGAAGAAAGGUUGAAAUAUCACAAAAAUAAAGUCGGUAUUUUGUGAAGAUACAAAGUCUAUAGUUUAGGAGAUUAUCAUUAAUUUUCUCAUCAUUUUUCCCUCUCAUUGCAACAGUCUUUGUGCCUAUAUAGUUUGCCAUUCCUCGUAUGAACGCCAAGUGAGUGUGUAGAAAGAGACAUUUUAGACAAUUAGACUCAUUGUAAGACAAUGUUGAUUUAUUUUUUUCUGUGGGGGCGGGGUUGGAGAGGGGGGUUAAAAAUGAUCAAUUAAGAGGAAAGCCAUGAUUGCCUUGCUACCUCAGCUUCAUUUGGACACACUUUAGUUUGAACUCACUGUAUCCGCGUACACUGCAUUGAGAAGAUGAAAAAUUCAAAUUGUUCCGUUUGUUUGUUUGGAGUCACUGUUACUGUACACAAUAUUCGGUCCUGCUGAAGCAAAGCGUGUGAGUUCUUUUAUUUUGUUGCGCUUUUAAUGCUACGGUGUGUCAUGUACGACUUGUGAGACUUAACACUACUACAAUCUCAUCCUUCCCCUUUACAGACAGUAGCUUCAAAUGGGGGAUUAUUUUAACAUGUAUGUUACAAUGACAGAACUGUGCCCAGAACCCCUUCUUCUUUCCUUGGUGUUUAAAAUAGAUGGACCACAUUGUGUGUAAAAUGGUGACAUUGUUUUAUUUCCAAAUAAAAGUUUUAUAACGACUA